AGAAACAAAGGCCACUUUUUAAUAGAAUUUCAGCCGCCGUUCUAUUAAACCUAUACUCUUCCCCAUUUGACGCCCAUCUUGGUAUUUUCUGGCGUCUCCAAAUCCACCUGCUUGUGACUCGCGAGUCGUCAGCCCCUCACUCUCUCUCCGGUAAAGCUCGGCCACCAUCUCCGAGCUUUUCCAUAAACCCUAAUUUUUCAAAUCCCCGAACACCUCCAUUCCUUACCUCAGCCGUAACCCGGCCUUUCAAUUCACCUUUCCCUUCCUCGCUUCAUUGUCUUGCACAACCGAAAUGGCAUCCAUCGUUUGCUAGGGCUCUCUAGAUCAACUUUAUCAGUCUCCGAGAGCACACUGCAUCUCAUCUUCACCUACCUAAUCAAAUUCGUAGUCAUGGCUAUCCGCGUCACGUUAAGCUUCUCCGGCUAUGUUGCCCAAAACCUAGCAUCCUCGGCAAAUCUCCGGGUCGGAAAUUGCCGAGGAUUUCACGAAUGCUGGGUCAGGUCUCGGGUAUUCGGAUCAAACCAAAAGCCCGAGUUCGACCCCUCCGUCCCCGUCCGCAAGUACCACCAGACCCAAUUCUCCCGUUCGAAGCCGAGCUCGCUGGCCGCUAAGACUUUGCCGUCCUUGUACACAGCCCUCGCCGAAGAGAUUCUCGGCGAGAGUUCCAAGAGCCCGAUCGUUUUGGGCUUGAUCUCGCUUCUGAAGUCAACGGCUUUCGUUGCGGGUGUCUCUUCAGCUCCGUCUGCUAUGGGUAUUUCGCCGUUCAAACCCGGUUCGAUGAUGCCUUUUUUACAGGUCUCCAAGUGGCUUCCCUGCAACGAGACUGUUCCGGUGUCUAUAUUGAAGGAAGUGGACAAAGGCGGAACCUUGUGUGUGGAUGAGGUCGCUGAGGUCCCGCGGUUGACUAAAAAAGAAUUGGGGAGGAGCGGUUUCUUAUCGCGCUUGUUGAAUUCUUGCUCGGAGGACGCUAAGGCUGUGUUCACUGCUGUCACUGUUAGUGUCUUGUUUAAGUCCUUCUUGGCCGAGCCCAGAUCGAUUCCCUCCACUUCUAUGUACCCUACUCUGGAUGUGGGUGAUCGCGUUUUAGCCGAGAAGGUUUCAUAUUUCUUUAAGAAGCCUGAGGUUUCAGAUAUAGUAAUUUUCAAGGCACCUCCAAUCUUACAGGAAAUUGGUUAUAGCUCAGGCGAUGUAUUCAUUAAAAGAAUUGUGGCUAAGGCUGGAGAUUGUGUUGAGGUUCGCAAUGGAAAAUUGCUGGUAAAUGGUCUUGUUCAAGAUGAACAUUACAUAUUAGAGCCGCUUGCUUAUGAAAUGGAUCCAGUGCUCAUUCCAGAAGGCUAUGUCUUUGUAAUGGGAGAUAAUCGGAACAAUAGUUUUGACUCUCAUAACUGGGGUCCACUUCCUGUCAAAAACAUUCUUGGCAGAUCAGUAUUUCGCUAUUGGCCUCCCUCCAAAGUAUCUGACACCACGUAUGAACCACAAGUAGCGGACAAUGUUGUUGCAAUUUCUUGUUCAGCUGCUGCCAUACAUGAGGUUUUAGCACCUGUGAGAGACCAAAUAUCUGAAGGGAAAGAUAUGGCACCGCUCGUGCUGAGUGAAGUCGGUGGUUCAGGAGAGAGAGUGGGAUGCGAUCCCUUCCGCUUAGUCAGUGGUUCAAGAAACAUACAAUUACAAUUUACAAAGAUGAGGAGGACCGGCACUCUUCUCGUCUCCCUCAUCCUCUUCCUUAUAUUCCCACUUCAAUCAAUUCUUGCUUUUAAUUCUUCCACCACCCAAAUCUUGCAGGAUGUGUUAAAGAAAAUAUCGGCCAAGCACAAGUGGUAUUUGCAGGACAUCAGGGUUUCGAGGUUGGAUGCCAGCAGGGUUCGCUUCGGGAGCGCCCAGCGAUAUGAGUUCCGGGUCGGAUUCGGGAAGACCCCCGUAGGGGUCUUGUUCUCCGACGACGUCGCUUCCUGGAAAAAGUUCAGGCAACCCAGAACCCAUUUCGGCUCUCUCGUUAAGGAGCUCAGCUCCAUGGCUGUAAUUGACACCUUCAAAGUGGAGGGUCCCUUUGAGUUACGGGUCGGCGGCAUUCAUCACCUCUCCCUUUCAUUGCCGAUGAACACUACAUAUAGUGGGUUUAAAAGGGUUCUUGUUGGUAAAGGCAUCACUGUUGAAGUAAGUGGAGCUACAGAAGUCUCUGUGUUUCAUGCAUCUGAUCUUGGGUUAUCAUCAAAGGGAAGUGGUGCUAUUGGCAAGGAGAAAAGUGAGUUUUGGCCUAUUUGGCAUUCAUACUGCGCACCGUUAUUUCCUAUUCGUGUUUUAGGGCCUGCAACGUUGGUUGCAUACAAGACUCGAAAUCCUGAUGCCUACAUUGAGACCAAAUUUAUGUCCAAGGAGAUAAUUGAGUUCUUGCCAGAGAAGUGCUACAGAAGCCAUGCUUACAAGAAACGGGCUUGUCCCAUUGAUUCUUUACGUUUGAGGAUAUCUAUGCUGGAAAGAAUUUGGAAAAGCUUUCUUGGUGAUAGAAUUCGCCAAAGUGGUUUGUCGGGAUUUGUUGAAGGGAAAAUCAAAGCUUCAACUGUUGUCCGUUUCAAGGUUGAGCUCGAAAGGGAAUUUCGGAGGAAUGGUGCACUCCAGGGCAGGGCAGGGUGGAGAACUAGGCCGGCUGUUGAACGGGUUUGGUUUGAAGUUUUGGCAAGAGUGGAAUUUGGGAGGGUGAAGCCUCUCAUGGUUAAAGAGAUUAGGCCCUUCAUUGUAGCAGAUUCAGUUGCGUGGAGUAGUUUGAUGUCUAAUAUUUCCUUCACCAAGUCCUCAUCUGUCCUUGUACCUUCUGAGGCGCUAACGUUGGAUGUGAAGUGGUAGAGUAAACAUGUUGUAACAUAGGACUCAUGUUUGAGAAUGUUUUACAGAUUAAGGUGGCAAGGGGUUGUCUGUGUCCUUGCCCCUUCUCUGGAUGAUGGAUGAAACAGUACAUGUCAAUUGGUAAAUAACCCUCUUAUUUGGUCCCGUAAAUAAAUUGUUCAUUGAAAAGAAACAAACGUUAUACAGAAGUUUGAUCUUAUUUUGAUU